AUGCUGUCUUCAACCGCACGAAUUACCCGUGUGGGUCUGCGCACCCCCACGAUCCGCAGCAUCCACACCACACCCCGCCUCCUCUCCGCACGACCCGAUACAGCCUCUGGUUUCCGAGAAGACCGUGCUUCUGGUCCCAUCCCGGGAGCCCACCCCAACCCGGAGAUCAACGUCGCCCGCACCCGCUCUACCGUCCGCGUCCUCGUCCCCUCCGUCGCCCUCAUGGCUGGGUUUAUUGGAUGGUGGUUCUUCGGCCAUUCCGACCGCGAUUCCAGAAAGGCCACCAUCAAUGUCGGUGAAGAUAGGGAGAUUAACAAGUUGAAAGGUAGCAAGCACCGCGCUGCACAGCAGCUCAAGGAGGGCGUCAGGAACGCCGACGGCUCACUCAACGCCUAG